AUGAAGCCGCGCCGCAUGAACGCGCCCUCAGAGGCGCGGUCGAGUGUCCUCGUCUACUCGCAGAUUCACGGACGCAAACAACAGCCGGCACUAAUGAUGCUCUCUUUUGUAUUUGGGUUUGUUGGUCUCCUGGUGACAGGAACAUCUGGGGUGGACACAGCUCAACAACCUCCAAGUCAGUUUGAUGUCCCACAAGAUGGUCGACUGGUAGGGGGAGGCCGCUGCUCCGGCUGGAUCCAGAUGAAGCAUCAGGGCAAGUGGAGAAACAUGGAUUUAAGAAACUUGGCUUUUAGCGGCUACAAGGUUCAGUAUGCAAAGGUGGUCUGCCAACAGAUGGGCUGCGGCUCAGUGAAUACAGUCUUCGCCAGGAAAAUGGACAGAAAUGAAGAACCGGCAUGGCAAAUUAGUUUUUACUGUCAGGGGAACGAGAGGAAUUUCUCCGAGUGCCGAAAAAACACACGCAAAAGUGUUCAUUAUAAAAAUACUACAGUGUUUGCAAUGGAUGUCAUCUGCUCAGAGUCUCUACGCCUCACUGAUGGAAGAGGAGUCUGCUCAGGUUACCUGAAUGUGAAAACAGAACUGGGAUGGGCCCCAGUCUGCAAUUAUGGCUUUGACUCUGGUGCAAUGGAUGUACUCUGUCGGGAGCUGGACUGUGGGCCUCCUGUUUAUCAAUCGCAGUCUUUUAAAUCAAUAGAAAAGCCAGAGGUCCUUCAACCGUUCCAGCAGUUCCAGUGUUUCGGCAAUGAAAGCCUUCACCAGGACUGCAAGAUCAUGGUCAACACCAGCUGCACCUCGCCUGCUUACCUACAUUGUGAAUCAACCAAGUUCAGGGUGGUGGAUGGCAUCAACCAAUGUAAAGGUAUAAUUCAGUUAAAGCAGGAUGGAGAAUGGAGAGUCGUGGACGACCCCUGGAGGAAAUUGACAGCCAAAGAUUCUGAAAAAAUCUGCCGUAAACUAGAGUGUGGAUCCCACAUCUCCACAUCUGCUCAUUAUCUUCAACAUUCUCUCCCUUCAUGGUCACUGGACAGAGAAUGUUCACACAGCAGACACUCAUUUUGUUGGACCUGGGAAAACGGUUUUUCCCACACACUGUUGAAUGUCUCAUGUUCAGACAAUGUGAGGCUGUCCAGUUGGCGAGAAGCGUGCGCCGGGAACCUGGAGGUGCGGAGUGGCCUUUCCUGGUCUCCUGUUUGCCACUCUGUGUUCAGCAAAGAGGAAGCCAGUGUCAUCUGCUGGGAGCUUGGUUGUGGGUUUGCUGAAACAUCAAAAGUGGCCAGUGGUGUGAUCGAUAAUCAAGACUGGAGUCCAGACUUCACAUGUAAUGGGACAGAAAACACUUUGGAUGAAUGUCGCUCCAGCCCAAUGGAAUCCAUGCAACAGGAAUGUCAGGCCACCUUCAUCACAUGCAAAGAGCGACCUGCCAGACCUCGUGUCACCAUUCAAACCACACAUGAAUCAGUGGAAGAAAGGAAGUAUACAUCUCUGAAGAGAGGGAGUCGUUUCUUGGUGUCCUGCAGCCAGAAUACGGCGUACACCAUCCACUCCUUCCACCUCAGACUUGCUGCUGUCCAAGAUCAAGGGCCAGAGUGGAGCGAGCUUGCUGUGGACAACACUGCCACCUUCUUUUUUGCUAGAGCAAAUGAAACCCACCAGGGGUAUUUCACCUGCUACUAUACUUUUGCCUUUCGGCAGGGCGUCUUCUCAGAGGCCAAUUCCUUUUCUCUCUCUGUCCAAGAGUCCAGCGACCUGAGGCUGGUGGAUGGAAACAGCCGGUGCGCUGGACAGUUGGAGCUGACACAAGAGGGGGACUGGAUGCCAGUCUCCUAUCAGCACUCGUGGAGUCAGAAAGAAGCGGGAGUUGUGUGCAGGCAACUGGAGUGUGGCGAUGCUGUGUCGACCAGAAGAGUAGACAAGCAGGAGUUGUUGUCUACGUGGCGUUUCUAUUCCGACUGUGACGGAUCAGAGCAUGCGCUCAUGGACUGUGGGACUGCUACAAAGUGGACCUCAUCUUCUACUGUAGAAGUCAUCUGUACAGAUGUCCUGCCCAAGCCCAACAUCACAGUGUGGUGGAGCAAAGCAUCCAAGAACACAGUGAUCACAUGGGGCUACAGCUUCCGCAUCGACUGCUUAGUAAAGACUCAAUUCCCCGGCGGUCACUUUGUCCUGGUCUUCAGUGGCCUUGGCCAGUCGCACAGUCACAUGAAGACAACUGUCAAUCACUCAGCUACCUUUUACUUCCCUUCAGCUGACUUCACUCAUACCGGCAACUAUAGCUGCCAGUAUAACAACUUUGUGUACAACCAAAACUUUACAUCUGAAAGCCAGACACUCACCGUCACUGUCAAAGAGGUAUCCGAGGUAUUCCUGGACAAUGGCGCACCAAGAGAGGACAGGAACUCUUCUUGCGCUGGGCUGGUGCAGGUGCUGUACGACAACAAGACCAGGUUUCUGAGCGCAGCACCCGCUGUGUGGGACAAGCCCCACGCGUCUGUGGUGUGUCGACAGCUCCGCUGCGGAUCUGUCAUCUCCACCAGAGAGGUCCAACUUCAGAAGGAGGAGAGCAUAUGGCGUUUUUUCUCAGACUGUGGGGGAUCUGAGUCGGCACUUCUGGACUGUGGGUCAGUCAAAUCCUGGGUGUCUUCCACUGGAGUCGAAGUGGUCUGCACCGGAUCAGCAAGUGACCAGCAAAUUCCCAAAGUUGGAAAGUAGAAUCCUGUGAAUGAGGAAGUCCACAAUGCCAAACAGAGUGUUCUGUACCUCAGUGCUCAGGUCCAAUAGAAUUGAUGGGAUGAAUUUGUUCAUUCAUUCCAUCAUUGAAGAUGCAAAUGUAUUGUGUCGGUGAACCAUACAUCCAAGCAGAUGCAACAUUAUUUAAUAGAAAUAAUUUUUAAUUUGAAAGUUCACAGGUAUAAUUGUAAACAAGAUACUUAAAAAUGAAGAUCUUAUGUUUUUAAUCCUCAUGAACGUGUACACACACACUCGCGCGCACACAAACACAGACAACUACACUCAGAAAGGUCAGUAUCCAGCAGGUGGAGCUUGAGUUGACAUCUGAAGUAACUUCUACCUGGACAGAGACGAGAUCCUGAAAACAUAAAACGAAAUCCAGUAUUGGUCUCAACUCAGUUCAUCGUUGGCUUCUCUCUUGCAUUUUAGAAUUCAUUAAAAUAAACACUCAUUUUAAGCCACUCAACGGUCUUGUUCCUCCCCAUACAGCAGAGCCACUACACCGUUGUCCCCUAGGUCAGCUGAUCAAGUACUCCGCGUGGUUAGCUGAAGAGAUUGUGUGAUUUCUUUUAAAAACUUAUCUUAAAACAUGUUUUCUAUUUUUUGUAUCCCAGCUCAAUUAGUCCUUAGUUAUUCAAAAUUGUCUCUAGACAUUUUUUACAUUGUUAUUGGUCUGAAAGUUUGUAAUAAAUUUUUUGUAUUGUUUUUAUUGUCAUCAUUUUAUACGUGCACAAUAUGUUGUCAUUAUGUCUGAAAGCAAUGAGCAUAG